AUGAAGCUCGUCAGGUUUUUGAUGAAGUGUGCCAACGAAACGGUGACCAUUGAGUUGAAGAAUGGCACCAUCGUCCACGGCACCAUCUCCUCCGUCACUCCCCAGAUGAACGUCGCCCUCCGCACGGUCAAGAUGACAGCUCGCGGCCAGGACUCUAUCGCCCUCGACACCAUGAACAUCCGAGGCUCAACAAUCCGAUACUUCAUCCUCCCCGACUCCCUGCCUCUCGACACCCUACUAAUCGACGACGCACCCAAGCCCAAGAACAAAGCCCGAAAGGAGGCUGACAGAGGAGGCCGUGGCGGCCGUGGAGGUCGUGGCAGGGGAGGUCGCGGUCGUGGACGUGGCCGUGGACGUGGCUAG